GAUGGAAAGAGACCUUCCAAUCCCGCUCUUUGGUGGGUAAGUGGGAAAGGCGAGGAGGUGCGGUGGAGCUUUGAGGAGCUGGCAUUCUUAUCCAAGAAAUCAGCCAAUGUCCUCUCCAAGGCUUGCAAUCUGCAGAAGGGAGAUCGAAUCAUCAUCCUCCUCCCCAGGGUGCCUGAGUGGUGGCUGAUAAGUGUGGGCUGCAUCAGAGCAGGUGUCACCUUCAUCCCAGCCACGACACUGUUGACUGCUAAAGACAUCUCGUACCGGCUCCAAAAGUCUCGGGCCAAAUGUAUAGUUACAAACGACGCCUUGGCUCCAUUGAUCGACUCUCUUGCAUCUGAUUGCCAGUUCCUGAAAACUCGGAUGUUGGUCUCCAAAGGCAGCAGCAGAGAAGGAUGGCUGAACUUCCAUGACCUGCUGAAAGCUGCAGGUGAUGAUCACCAGCCUGUUAAAACAAGGAGUGAAGACCCAAUGAUCAUCUACUUCACCAGUGGAACCACGGGUUAUCCCAAAAUGGUGGAACAUUCCUGCAGCAGUUUGGGGAUUGGACUAGCAAGUACCGGAAGGGACUGGAUGGACCUGAAAGCUUCAGAUUUGAUGUGGGGUUUCUCCGACACAGGCUGGAUCAAAUUUGCCUUCAGCAAUUUCUACCCUACAUGGAUGCUAGGGGCAUGUGUCUUUCAGCAUGGCAUGCUGCAGUUCGAGCCAACAACCGUUCUCAAUACUCUUUCCAAGUAUCCAGUGACGAUCUUCUGUGGCACCCCAACUAUUUUCCGUAUGCUUCUGCAGCACGACGUUAGCAGAUACCAGUUCAAGAGUCUGAGACGAUGCCUGAGUGGUGGGGAACCAACCAACCUUGAAGUGAUUGAGCAAUGGAAAGCUCAUACCGGAAUAGUAAUCCGUGAAGGCUAUGGGCAGACAGAGACUACCAUACUUUGUUCAACCCCGAAGGAUAUGAAAGUCAAGCCGGGGUUUAUUGGACCAUCAUCUCACCCCUUUGAUGUCCAGAUAAUAGAUGAACAUUGCAAUCACCUGCCUCCUGGGGAAGAAGGAGACAUUGCUGUUAAAAUCAAACCCAAAAGGCCCUUGGGUCUCUUCUCUGGUUACUUGGAUGACCCUGAGAAAACAGCCUCGACAGAACGUGGAGACUUCUACAUCACUGGGGACCGAGGGAUCAUGGAUGAAGAUGGCUACAUCCGGUUUGUGGCAAGAGCUGAUGAUGUCAUCUUAUCUGCUGGGUAUCGUAUCGGGCCCUAUGAAGUGGAACAUGCCUUAAUGGAACACCCAGCAGUGGCAGAAUCGGCCGUUGUCAGCAGUCCAGAUCCCGUCAGGGGAGAGGUUGUAAAAGCCUUUAUCAUCCUGUCGCCUGCCUACGAGUCACGAGAGAAAGACCAAUUAAUUUGUGAGCUGCAGGACCAUGUCAAGAAGACAACAGCUCCCUACAAGUACCCCAGAAAGAUAGAGUUUGUUCAAGACCUGCCCAAGACAAUUUCCGGAAAAAUCCAAAGGAAACAGCUGAGGAAGAAGGAGUGGGAGAAAGCCUAACAGGACUCUGAAACCAGCAUGAAAGGACUGGUUUUUAUUUGUCUCAAUAGUCUCAGAGGUAGAUAGAUAGAUAUAGACAGAUGAUGAUAGAUAGAUAGAUAGAUAGAUAGAUAGAUAGAUGAUAGAUAGAUAGAUAGAU